AUGACUGCUUCGUACGAGUACGAUGAAUCCGGCCAAUCGAAUUUCUUCGUUUUCACGUUCUUGCUGUGCGUCUUGCUCCCAUGGACCAUCUCAAGUCUGCUAAAGCUAUCGAGCACAACAGCCAAAUCACCAUGCCCCGGAUGGAACUCAAAGGACGAACAAGUUAAAAAGGCGAAACAAAAAGCUGCUCCAAUCAGCCUGAGUCACGUAUGUUUAGCUCUAGGAUGGGCUCUCUUGGCAUAUGUGGCAUACAGAGCUAGUUUUGUAAAAGCCUCCUCUGGCACUUACGACCCAUUCACCAUCUUAGGGCUCAAUCCAGGGUCGGACGAAAAAUCGAUCAAAAGACACUUCAAAAGACUCUCUCUAAAAUUCCAUCCGGAUAAGUUGCGAUUGAAGGAGAACCAAACCAUGGAGGAAGUGAACGAACAUUUCGUCAACCUGACCAAGGCCUACAAAGCUCUCACAGAUGAAACCAUUCGCGAAAACUACGAGCUGUACGGCCAUCCCGAUGGAAAACGAGAGACUGCGAUGGGAAUCGCAUUGCCCAAAUGGAUUGUCGAGACCAGCAAUCACGGAUAUGUCGUUGGACUUUAUGGUGCAGUAUUUGGACUUAUGCUCCCUUACCUCGUCGGCAAAUGGUGGCACGGAUCCAGAAAGUACACCAAGGAUCAAGUUCUAAAUGAGUCGGCUUCCCGAUAUUUCUUGCACCUCACUGCAGAAACCAAGUUUGCCGAGGCCAUCGAGAUCCUGUGCUCGUCGCUUGAGUUCAAGGCUUUGGAGUCCAAACAUAGCCGCGUAUUCGAGGCGAACAAAUCGUACAAAAAGCUCGAAGAUCAGGUGACCACGACGCUGUUCAACUCGACCGGAGAAAAACUGGAGGGGACCUUGUACAAUAACAGCAGCGAAAAGUUUGUCAAAAGGACUGCUGUCUUGGUUUAUGCCCAUAUGUUCAGGAUCCCGAUCUCCGAUGCUGCUAUUUUGAAAGCCAAACAUGAUGUGAUCAAUUACGCCCGUCAUUUAACCAGCAGCAUGCAGUCCAUUACGCUAGGAUACAACUGGCUGAGUACCUAUUUAGUCGUCAUCAAGCUCCAACAACACUUGGUCCAGGCUAUGCACCCCGCACAUUCACCAUUAGUCCAACUUCCCCACGUCUCGGUCAAGACUGCUGAACGAGUGGCCAAGAGUAGUGACAUCAGAUCUCCGGAACAAUUCGCUACCUUGUCUGAACAGCAGAAAGACUCACUGUUUCCUGAAUUCAAAGGCCAGGAUCUCAUCAAAAAGCAGAUCCAAUCUAUUUCGGAACAUUGGCCGAAGUUGGAAUUGGUUAGCUCUGAAUUCAAAGUUGUCGGCGAAAAAACUGUCACGCCUGGCUGUGUGAUCCACUUUACUAUGAAAGUCAGAAUCAAAAAUCCCAAGUCGUCUUCCGUUGCUCAGGCGAAUGAGAAGACCGCUGAACAGGACUUUGAGCAGAAAACUGAGCAGGACUUGAAGGGUGAAGAAAUGGAAAUCGAUGAAUUGUUAGGCCGAAAGAAAGCUGGGGCCGAUGGCGAGGAGAAGUGCCCGAUAGUACACGCACCCCAUGUAACCAAGGACACCAUACCGGGGUACUACUGGCUAGUUGGAGACCACAAGAUAAACCGAAUCUAUGUCCAGCCGGUGAAGAUCACCGAUGUCGGAUACACGAAGACCCGGGUGCUCAAGACGACUUUCCAAGCGCCCCAGAGUCCGGGCCUGUACACCUUCCAAGCGUAUGUCAAGAGCGACUCGUACGUGGAUACCGACAUUCAGGCGAGCAUGCAACUCCGGGUCGAAGACAAGGAGGCUGAAGAUGCAAAUGCUGAAGACGACAUUUCUGAGCCAGACGAGGACACCUUGGCCGGUCAAAUGGCUGCCAUGCGCGGCAAGCCUACUAAAAAACAAAAGGAUGACGACGACUCCGAUGAUACUAGUGGGACGGAGAGCAGCUCGGACGACAGUAGCUCGGACUCUGAUUCCGAUUGA